AUGUAUUUCAAUGGAGCUGUUAACCUCUCUGGAAGUGGGAUUGGGGCAGUAUUAAUAUCCCCUGACGGAAAACAUUUCCCAGUAGCAGUCAGGCUGAGAUUUAAAUGCACUAAUAAUGUUGCUGAAUAUGAAACCUGUGUGAGUGGCUUACAAGCUGCUAUUGAGAUGAAAUUUGCUGAUGCCUUAGCUACAUUAGCAGUUAUGACUCAAAUGGAGGAAGGGCAAAAAGCACAAUUAUUGCAGAUAAAUUUAAGGGAUGAGCUAACAUACUAUCUUAUGAUGGACGAAGAGAUAGAUGGGAAACCUUGGUAUCAUGACAUUCAGCAAUACAUCAAAACUAGAGAAUAUCCACCAGGGGCAAAUAAAAAUGAAAGAAGGAUGAUCAGGAGGUUAGCAUUAGGGUAUUUCCCUAGUGGUGAAAUCAUGUAUAGAAGAAAUUUCAAUGGCGAAUUGUUAAGGUGUGUGGAUGCUAAUGAGGCCAAAAGGAUUCUUUUUGAAACCCAUGAAGGAAACUGUGCCACGCAUGCCAAUGGACAUAUGAUGGCUAAACAAAUCUUACAGUGA